GCAGUCGGUUCCGCCCUUUCCCGGCGGCUCCACCUCCUCUUCUUCCGUCGCAGUCGGGUCCGAGAGGCGUCGAGAGAGAGACGUUGUCCAGCGAACGUCAUCAUGGAUGAGACCUUAGAUGAACCUCCCACUUCUGCCGUCUUCUUGGACAACUGCCACUUCUCCCAGGUUAUCUUUAAUAACGUGGAGAAGUUUUACGUCCCCGGAGGAGACAUAACCUGCUAUUAUACCCUCACGCAGCACAUCGCUCCUCGCAGAAAGGACUGGGUGGGCAUUUUCCGGGUGGGAUGGAAAACAACCCGGGAAUAUUACACUUUCAUGUGGGCUCCUUUCCCGGUUGACCUCAGCGGUGAUUCUGUCGUGCAGCAGCAAAUUCAGUUUCGAGCCUACUACCUGCCAAAAGAUGAUGAAUAUUACCAGUUCUGUUACGUUGACGAGGAGGGGGUGGUCCGUGGCGCCAGCAUACCUUUCCAGUUCCGGGCAGAGACCGAGGAUGAUAUCCUGGUGGUUACUACACAGGGAGAAGUGGAGGAGAUUGAGCAACAAAACAAGGAUUUACUUAAAGAAAACAAGGAACUGAAGGAAAGCUGCCUUUGUCUCCAGAAGCAGAACCUGGGUCUGCAGGAGGAGCUCCGGCUGGCACAGGAGAAGAUGAAGGAGUUAGAGGGAGAAGUCUGUUUCUUGCAGACUGGGAACUUGGAGCUGCGGAGAGCUCAGGAGCUACAGGCCGGAGAGAUGAGCUCUGCCCAGAUGAAUUUGGCUUCAGUUAGGGAACAGAACCUAACACUUGGAAAGGAAAAUAAGGAGCUGCAGAAAGGACUGGAGUCUCUGAGGAGCAGCUGUGAGAAAUUGGAGCUGGAAGGAAAUUUCUUGAAAGAGGAGAACAAGCGGCUGACGGAGCAGAAUGGCUGCAAAGAGAGAGAGUUGCAGCAAUUCAAAGAGCACAACCAAGAAGUGUCAUCUGAGAAGGAACAGCUGGAAAACAGAUUGAAAACUACCCUGGAUCACAUGGACCAGCUGCAGUCACAGGUGUUGAAUCAAGAGAAGGAAAUGGAAAGCCUGGUUCAGAUGGACCAUGACAAGACUGAGCAGCUGGAGCAUCUGAAGGAGGAGAAUCGUCAGUUACGCAUUACUGUGACUGAACAGAAGGAGCAGGAAGAGAAGCUGGAACAAUGUCUGGAGGAUCUGAAGGUGACAGAGGCCAGCAUGGCUCUUCAUCUGCAACAUAAGCAGCAUCAAAACCGUGAUCUAGCAAAGGAACUCGAGGAGAAGAACCAUUUGUUUCAGAUUCUUCAGCGGAAAAAGGAUGAAAUUGAUGAGAAAAAUCUGAGACUAAGGCAAGAGAACAACGAGCUGCUGAUGCGCCUCUCUGAGAGCUCGGAUUAUUCUGCCCGGGUUGCUGUCCCACUGGCACAAGUUCCAACUCGGCCUCCAGAAAGCGCAAACCUUUUGUUUGGGAACCCGUACUAUAACUCCCUAGAAUCAAGUGCUGUGAACGUGCCCUCUGUGAAGAAAUGCCCCCUGUGUCAUGAGGUCUUUUCUGAUGACAUUGGGCCACGUCAGUACGAGGACCAUGUGCGAAGCCACAUUCUGGAUUGCCCAUUCUGUGAUGAAACCUUUGGGGAUAAGCAGGUGUAUGAUGAUCAUAUGUACUGCCACAGCCUGGAAUAAUUCUUAAUUCUGCUUUGUGCUGUAUAGCAGGUGUAUAGCUCCUCUUUCAGGUGUGAUAGCACAGACUUGAUCAUAACCAAUACUGUAGGGAUAUAGAUCCUAGUAAAAUCACCCUAGCAAGGCUGGACUAGGCACCAGUACUGUAGUGCUAACCCAGGGGUCUCCAACGCGGUGCCCGCGGGUGCAAUGCCUGCAGGACACCGCGCCGCCAAAAUGCCGCUGCUGAGCGUGGCCGCCGGAGAGCCGCCCGCCGAAAUGCCGCCGAGAAGCGUUGCCGUUUCUUGGUGGCAUUUUGGCAGCAACGCUUCUUUCUGCUGCCGCUUCUCGGUGGCAUUUCAGGGGCGGGGUGUCUGGCGCCCGCCGCGGUCUUCUGGGAAUAGGAAUGUGCUAUUCCCACAGAAAGGUUGGGGGCCCCUGUGCUAACCCAUCUGUUCCAUGUGAUGUGACCCAUCAUCAAGCUGGGUCAGAUGCCAACCAGUACUAUUGAAAUAAUCCAUCCUUGUCAGCUGUGUCCUUUAUCUUCAGCCAAAUAUGGGCACUGUUAAAGAGCUCAGUCCCUGUAACCAGUUGUUCGGAUCGAGUGCGACACCAGUACUCCAGAACAAAGCUGUCGCUGUGCUCUGUUGCUCCGAUCUAGUCAAGUACUGAUAUUGCAGAACGGCAGUUCCCAAUUGCCUGUGCUUUGCAGAACCCGCUCUGUUACAGAUGUUUUAUUCUUCAGAGCAGAGCUGAGACCACUAACCCUAAGGCCACAAACAAUAUGCUGCCUUUGAGCUCAAAGUCCCAGUCUUGUUCACGGUUACCGGACUGCGGAUCUAACUUAAUAAUAAAAUUGACUCCUUCCUUCACCCUUUAUCCCAAGCCAGUGAAGGCUUUACAUGUCUCAGGAAUGAGUUUAACCAUCUAUGUGCAUCCUCUAAGGAAACUGAUGGAGGGGAGCCUGAAUUGUUUCUCUGAUGUGCUUGUCUGACGCUUCCUGAUUCCAGGACAAAAGGAGCCUCUUCUGAGUGCAGAAUGCCGGUGUUCAAACCUGUCAAAUGCCUGGGGUGAUUGCACUGCUUUUGCACAAGUUUUAAAUUCUUUUUGUUGCCAUUUACAGUAAACAUUCUUUCCUCUAUGCAAACACAAGGGUAAAGUUUAUUAUCCAACAGUGUUAUACUGUGCAUUAAUUUUGUGAUGAAUAUCUAUAGGGAAUCCUAAUAGGUUUUCAGAAUAGCCUGGUUCAGAUAAAGUUAAGAAUAAUGGAUACUUUAAGACAUUGCUUUAAUAUAUUCAAUGCUAAAGGCUUAAAUAAACUUGUAUCGAUCAACUUUUGAUUAAAACUUUCUUUGAUUAUGUAAUAAGGCUUUUAUUUUAUUUUUUUAACUAUUAGCAGGCACUAUACAAAACCAUGUAACAGAGAAAUGGAAAAGGUGAAUAAACAAUAGCCAACAGAAACUACA